AUGAUAAAAGAAUGCCUAAUUCCAUCCGAGGUCAGAGUCAGGAACAUUGAAGGAGAUGGGAACUGUUUGUUUAGGGCAGUAGGAAGCCAGCUUUACGGUGAAAGCGACAGCCAUGGUAUAAUUAGAUCUGCUUGUAUGGAUUACAUAGAAUUAAAUAAAGAAUCAUUUUCCGGAUUUGUGCACGAGUAUGAUUCAAUUGAAAAGUAUAUUCAAGAAAAGAGAAGAUUAGGCGUCUGGGGGGAUAAUAUUGAAAUUCAAGCAAUGAGUGAGUUGUAUCGUAUUCCAGUGUACAUAUACGAAAAGGUCAGAAAUAGUAAAUUGAAUCCUAACUUUUUAGAGAAGCAUAAACUGGAAAGAUUUUCUGGAAGUUUGUCUGACAGUACUUUUUAUGAAAACAACGAAUUUGUAUAUCAGCUACUUUGCAAGAUAGAGCCAAAGUCUUCAAAUGUUUUUGAUCAAAUCAAGAAUCAUUAUUCCAACAGCAGGCCAAUUAGAUUACUUUAUCACAAUGACUUGCAUUACGACUCAUUGUUUUGUAAAAGGGAGUGUCAAACUCCCAUAAUUUGUAUAGAGACAGGACUAAUUGAGGUCAGAAUCAUUAGGAGUCUUAGAGCCAGUAAAGCUUUCAGGAAACAAACAAAGCAAGAGGCUAAAAGUGAGAAUCCACGAGAAAAUUCUAACUUGAAAACAGAACGGAUUAGUGACUUGAACAAUGUACCAUGUGCAUUACUAAGGAAAAGAGUAAUCAAACAUUUUCCAGCCAAUUUUGAAUCUAGUAGUGAAAGUGAUAACUAUACUGCAAAAUCGUCUUUCUUUUCAUAUAUUAGGAACAAAUACCGAGAUGAACCCGACACUGUUUUAAAAGGGAGUUGUUUGGAUAGAAUUUCCGAUGGGGAAGCUCAUUUUGAAAGGCUUUCUCUUAAAAGUAAACAAUUAUAUAGCAAAUUUAUGUCUGGCCCCAAAUCAUUUUCAGAAAAAUCAGCAGAAAAACCCGCUUUUUUUUCAAAAAUUAAGUCAUUAAAUAAUACUCACUUAGGAGUUGUUGAUAGAUAUGCUAAAGAUGUACAGCUUUCUUCUCACCAAAAAGAGUUGAAGAAGUUGUUAACAAUUGAUUCAACAGAGCCAUCUUCUUCCCAAGCCUCAGGAAAGAAGUGUGUCGCAAUAUAUUGUCCAAUAAACAAUUUGAAACAAAAUACAUUUAAAAAUUAUAUUUAA